AUGGAAACCGAGCUCAUACGAGCAUGGCAGCUGCUGCACGAACUGAGCGAGCAGAACGCGCACAAUCAUAAGAUGUCACUGGCAUUGCACUCACAGGCUGGCGCCUUGAAGGACGAAGCCGGCCAUGCAGCAAGUGGCUUCUCAUUGCGACGAGUGAACACUGAUAUCUCGAAGGAGACGUUCGAGUCCGAGCUCGAGCGGACAAACGCGCAAAUCAUCAUCGAAAACCACACGCUCCUCCACGAGAACAGACAGCUCAGCCUCCUCCUCAAGGAGUACGAGCAGACGAUGGAGACCAUCAUGACCAAGUUCCGCAGCCACGCCCUGGCGUCGCAGCGGCACGAGCUGGCGCUGACGCAGCACUACGAGACCCUCAUCCUCGCGCGCGAGACCUCGCUCCUGCAAGCCGACCUCUCCGGCAACACCGCCGUCGCAGACUCCCUGCAGCGGCUCUCAGCGAACCUCCGCGCGCUCGUGCGCAGCCUCCAAGGCGAGGACGCCGACGCGUCCCCGCCCAGCGCGGAAGACCUGCUCGACGGGCUGCUCGACCGCGACGACUGGGCGCUCGAGCGCGAGCGCGAGAUCGCGCGGCUCGAGAAGGAGAACGAGCAGCUGCGCACGGUGCUCGGGAUCGACCGCGCGUCCGCGGAGGCGCGGGGCUGGCUCCAGGACGAGGCGCGCGAGCUCGCGGUGCUCAGCCGGCCCUUCAUCACCCUGCAGCACGCGGAGAGCGACUUCCCGGUGCGCUUCAGCGAGCCGCGGCAGUCGCCCGACACGUUCGACAUGAUGGCGCUCGGCGGCGGGGGCGGGGGCGGGAACGGCAGCGGCAACGGCAACGGCAACGGCAACGGCAGCGGGGGCAUGGCGCUCUCAGGGAACCCCGCGCAGCGCAUGUCGAUGUCGGAGUUCCGGCAGCCGGGCGCGAUGGGGGCGCAGGGCCGGCGGACGGCCGUGUUCAACCAGCGCGGGCGCGGGGCAAGUCCCCAGCUAUGGGAGGGCCUCAGCCAUCAGUCGCUCUCGGCGAACCCGCAGUGGCAGGUACAGUCCGGGUUGUUCUAG